ACACUGCCCUGCAGUCUCCACUUGCUGCCCACCAUGGCUGGCUCAGAAAAGGCUCCCUGGCUGCCAGGGGAAACUCCUCAGGUGUGGAACAGGGAGUGAACCCGGGGGGAACCUGAGCAAAAUGCCACCAGAGCUCAUCUGCCUCUUCCUGUGCACGCUGAGCGCUCCGAGUCUCUCAGGAGGAGAUGCUUUGCUGCCAGCACCUCAGAGUAUCUCCAUUCUUUCAACCAACAUGAAACACUUCUUAACUUGGAGCCCUGUGAUCGUCCAGGGAGCAACUGUGAGAUACUCAGUUGAGUUUCAAGGGGAAUACGAGCGGGAAUAUGCCAACGGGAGCUGGAUCCCCAUCUCGGAGUGCUCCCUCACCACAGCCACCAUCUGCAACCUCACCGAGGACAUCUCAGCCUCUGUGGCCUACAAGCUGCGGGUCAGGGCAGAGCUCGGUGCCACCAGGUCACAGUGGGGCACCACCAAAGGCUUCUUCAACCGCGCCAUGACUUCCCUGACCCCCCCGCUGCUGAGGGCCGUGGCAGACGGGCACCACUUGCUGGUGGAGCUGGCAGACAUGGGACCCUCCUUCCAGUUCUGGGUGCUCUACUGGAGGAAGGGCCAGGAGAGCAGGGUGCAGCAGAGGGUGCUGAAGGAGGUGAGCUCCGUGGUGCACCUGGACACCAUGGAGGCAGGAGCUGAGUACUGUGUGAAGGCUCAGACUCACGUGCAGGCCAUCAACAGGAGCAGCAGCUUCAGCCCCACGCAGUGUGUGAGGGCUCAGGGUGACACAUCCGUGUGGCUGGUGACUGCCCUCACCUCCUCUGCUGGCUUUGCUGUGGCAGCUCUGGCCCUGCCUUUCCUGACCUGGAAAAUAAGUAAAAUCUUCCAGUAUUCCUGCUGCCCCGCUGCUGUCCUGCCAGACACACUGGAAUCAGAGCCCCCCACCCAGCUGAUCCUGCGGGGCGGGGAAGAAGCUGAGCAAUGUGACCUGAUGGUGGUUGUGAUGCCCUCAGAAGAAGUUCUCCAGCUGUGGAUUCAAAAAGCACUUUAGAGCAGCCCAGAAAAUCAACAGCCCCUUUGUGGCAUCUUCAUCCAUCCUCAUCAAAAGCAAGUAAAGGUGGGAGCUGCCUGUUCCUGUCCUUGUCCUUCAUACCUUAGCCAGGAGCAGACUCGGGGUGACCCAGGCCCCCUUUUCAGCCACACUGCUGCUCCCAAGGCAGAGCUGACCAGAGCAACACCUGCAGAGCCCAGUGCCUGAGCUCCAAAUCAUUUCAGCCUCGGUGUUUUACCUCAGUAAGAGCUUCUUAUGUGGCUAUGCCAGCUGGAAUAACCAGGGGAAAAAUGCAGACCCUGAAGUGAGGUGACAUUCUUUGAAAAGGGCAUGAGGGGAUGUGGCAUCCUAAUCUGUGCACGUGACUGUCACAGAGCUGGUGCCACCAAAACUUGCAGACAGCACCAUGAGGGAUGCCUGGCUUUCAGCAGUGCUUUGGAAGGAGUGAUGUGGGAAAUUUCUGAAGUGUUUGGAGGGAGCUCUGCAAGACCAGCAGAGCACCACUGACAGUGGGCAGCUCCAGUAUCACCCAGUCAGGGUGUCAAAAAUGCAAAAGCUGUGUAUUCAUGAAGGAAAAACCAAGACCUUUAGGGAGAAGGAAAUUAGGGGUGAAUUAUUUAAAUGGGAGAGGAUUAGAGUAGAGAAAGAUUGGGAAAAGACAGAGAAAGGUAGGCUGCAGACACAGUUAAAAAAUGGGAAAAGAAAAAAAAAAAAGAUGUGUAAAUAGUGGUCAGGAUCUUCCUGGGUGCCUGCUGGGCAUCCCUGUGGUUCAUACCUGAACCAGGACAGGGAUUAUUUCACACAAGGCACAUGUGGUGCUGUGGUCAGGAGGGCCAGAGUGAGGGGUAAAUGCAGUUCUUCUCUUGGCAAACAGGAAUAUCAGGCUGGAUGGAUCCAGCAUCACAGCAUUGCCAUAUAGUGACCACCAACACCAUUAUCCUCCAGGCAUCUUGUCCUCUGGAGGAAGGAAAUUGCAAAAGACAAGAGAAAUUUCCUCUAAAUACAGAUAAAAUACAGGUGUUGUGUAUAUUGCAGUUGUGGCUGUCACACUGAAAAAAGUCAUUUCUCACCUGUAAAGCAGAGGCAUGAAAAGACAUUGCUCUGAGAAGCUUUUUUCAAGAGCUCUCCAUGGUUUCAAUGAAAUGCAAGACACCUCAAAGAGUGCACCUUUUCCAGUUUCAUUCUUGCAACCUUGUGUGAGGCCAUCGGGUGGCAACAAAGCACCGUGGAAAGGCAGAAGUGGCUCAGGGGUCUGUACCUGUGCUCUGCCCAGGCACUGUGAUCCCUGGCUCCUGGCCAGCCCCUCACUUUCCAGUUGCAGCCCACUUGUUUGGUGUAUUCCUGUCUCAUUUGCUUCUUUCUGGACAAUGCUGGAGUGCAGAGCUUUGGUGUUGGAUUGUAAGAUGGAUAUUGCUGAAUAUUGAGCAAAUUACAGAGUGAGAAAAUCCAUGCAGGUCUGGGCAUUGAAGACUCAGCCUUCAUUAUUAGUUUGUUGAUAAUUAGCUGGGAAAUGCCUGACUACAAGCACCCAUGAGAUGCUGGACCCAGAGAUUUGGGAGCAAAGAGGAAAAGGGCAUUUUCACGGGCAGAAAUGGCAAGUGCCCAGCAGGUCUCACCCUCCCUAAACCAAGCUGGAGCAGCAGUGGGAGGGGAGGCAGGCAGGGAGUGAUUCUGGCAGGGAGCUGCAGUGUGUUUGGGGAGCACAGACAGCACAGAACUUCAGCUCCUUGCAGGGUCAAGGGCUCUUGGGCAAACAUCCCUUUGGCACAGCUUUGCCCAGUGCUUGAAUUUACAGGGGCAGCUCCACAUCACAGAGGCCUUGGUGCUGGGACUGGUUUAGGGAGCUCCCAUGCCUCACAUUUAUCUUUAUUUUAUACCCCAUAGAUUCAGGUGAGUUGAUUUCUCAGUGCCUUGAUUUCUAGACACCCCACAGGGGUGUACCCAUGCAGGAAAUGCUCCUAGGACUUGUCCAUGCCAUAGGUCCAAGCAGCCUCAGCAAUUCCUCCUCUUCCCCCCUCGCUCUGCAUUUUCACAACCACAGAAUCAGAAUCUUCUGAGCUGGAAGAGACCCAUAAGGACCAACAAGUCCAGCUCUUAAGUGAAUGUCCCAUUUGGGGAUCAAACCCCAAUCCUGGCAUUAUCAGCAGCAUCCUCUAACCAGCUAUGGCAGCACCAGCAAUUCUUCAGGGAUAUAUAGAAAAAAAAAGGAAAUAAAAGGCCAUUGAAUGUGAAAGGCUUUUAAAAAAUUAUUUUCCUGAGUAUUUUCCAGCUGCACAUUAAGCAUAGAGCAUAUGUUCCUUCCUCACUUGCAAUAACAGAUUUUAUGUCCUUCCUCAUUGCCAAUAAAGCAGUUAAACUGU